GGUAAAUAUAUGGUUGGAUUUAUAUAGUACUUGUUAUUGUUUUGUCGCCACUUGCACUAAUUAUACACAGAAAUGCACUUACUUAAAAACUUGUUAUUUUGCAUUUUCAGAUUAAUUAAUUAAGCACGCAUCAAUAUUAUCCAUACAUUUGUAAUAAUUUGAUAGAUACAUAUUGUUUGAGUAUAUAUUACAGCGAGUUGUGUUAUAUUAAAUUAUAUUUAGAAAUAUUAUUUAAGCACUAUAUAAUCAUAUGGUUUUAAUUAUUUUGAGUAUUUUAUUAAUUUCUAACAUAACGUUAUGUAUCUCUGGUUUAAUAAAUUUUGUUCUGUAAAAAAUGUUUUAGUUCUUGUAGUCAGUAAUAGUGCAAAAUUUACUUUCUUGUUUGAGCAAUUUUUGGAUGCUUUUAUAAUGUGUAUCGUUGCACGAUUGUACCUUUAAUUGACAAUAAAAAUCGUUUUGAUCCGGUUACCAAUCCAAAAAUAAAACAAGUAACACAAUGGUUUUUGCAGAUAGCAGGAUUAGCAUUGGUAUAUACUAGCAGUUACUUUCGCGAAGCUUCUUCUUUCUGCUGUAUUAUACUUGUAUUUUUGUACAUGUUUCUGAAAGCCUAAACAAGAAAUAUUGAAACGAGACAUUGAGGUGCACUUCUUGAAUGCAGGUGACAGUGUAGAAAAUAAUAAUCCUGGACUAAAAACAUAUUGUCAUAAUGCUACAUCAAAAUAUCUGACGCGUAUCUGGAGAACCAUGACUAUGCAUCUGGAUACCAAUUCAGAAUCUUAUAUCUUGUAUGAUGGCAAAGUUCCUCAUGAGAUUCAUCAAAAACAUGAUGAAAACCAGAGAUCCUGGAGUUUCAAUUUGUUUGAUACAGGAAAACAUAAGAGAUUAAAGAUUAACCCUUUUGAAGAUGUGUGCAUAGGCAUUUACAUAGAUUCUUCUAUCGAAUCUGGAUACAUAAUAAGUAUGACAGAAACACGUAUCAAUGUCUGGAUGUUGACAAUAAUGGCAAUAGGUGUUCUGAUUUUCUGGUGCGCAAAAACAUUAAGUCAAAAUUCAGUAUUUUAUUAUGCUUGUGGCAUUUUGUUUGGAGUUACUACGUCUAUCCUAAUCUUAAUAUACAUGGCAGGGAAAUUAGUGCCACGGGGCAAGUUUAUGUACUUAAUAUUUGCCGGAACAAUGAGCGUUUAUCUUGCCCGAACAUUGCUGGAAAAUGCUCAAUUAAUUGCGAUACAAUAUAGAGAAUGGGUCAUGUGGUAUAUCCUUAUAACAUCACUAAUUAGUUUCGUAAUUUGCUAUCGUUUUGGUCCUGUUACCAAUACAAGAACUAAACAAAUAAUACAAUGGUUUUUGCAGAUUGCAGGAUUAGCGUUAGUGUAUAAUAGCAGUUAUUUCCGCGAAGCAUCUCUUUCAUGCUGCGUUGUACUUGUACUUUUAUACAAUUUUCCGAAAGCAGUGCUGGAGCGAGGAAAAAGAUAUUGGCAAAACACGUUUCCCGAAAAGCGGAAAUUAAUAAAUGAAGAUCAGUAUCGUCAAGAAGGAAUACGAGAAACUGUGAAAGCUUUAAAAGAAUUACAGGACUAUUGCUCUAGCCCGGAAUGUAAUACUUGGAAAACGGUUUUGAGACUGAAAGAUCCUAUAAGGUUUGCGAAAUUUAUGGAAGGAGAUUCGCAUCUGUACGAAGAUGAAAUUGAAGAACACGAUGUCGAAAUUUCGAAAAUUCUCGAUGAAGAUGAAUAUACAGACGAUGAGUAUUAGGGAAUAUAAAUAUUUCAAUCAAAUACGUUUUCUAAUGCGAAAGUUAAAAUGAUUAUUUCCUGAGGACAAUUUAUGUUUCUCAAAUAUAUCAACGUUAAAAAUAUAGUAUUCAUUUUGUUUUGUAUAACUUUGCCUCUGACUAAACGGUAAAGUAGAAGGUUGUAUUUAAAUAAAUUUAUGGAAGGAGAUUCGCAUCUGUACGAAGAUGAAAUUGAAGAACACGAUGUCGAAAUUUCGAAAAUUCUCGAUGAAGAUGAAUAUACAGACGAUGAGUAUUAGGGAAUAUAAAUAUUUCAAUCAAAUACGUUUUCUAAUGCGAAAGUUAAAAUGAUUAUUUCCUGAGGACAAUUUAUGUUUCUCAAAUAUAUCAACGUUAAAAAUAUAGUAUUCAUUUUGUUUUGUAUAACUUGGCCUCUGACUAAAUGGCAAAGUAGAAGGUUGUAUUUAAAUAAACUUGUUUGCUCAAAUAUACUUUUAAUUAUUAUCUUGUAAGAGAAUAAUAUAGUGAAUUUUUUGUCAUAUUCGUAGGAAAUUCUACGAAAAAUCUUGUUUCAUAUAGUGUUUGAGUAGCGAUGCGCGUAAAAUAUUGCUUAUGUAUAUAUGCAUUAAUUUGAAUCUUUGUAAUAAGAAUGUAAUUUCCAUAACGGAGAAUAAUUUUUCGAAAACACAUGUAUUUCUAUGAAAUAUGUUUUUACGAAUUUGUAUCUGUUUGGAAAUGUAUGAAAAUAAAUACAAUAUCUUGACAAUU